UCCGUGUACGUGGCCUACAAAAGCUCAGGUCGCCUUGCGCCGUGGAGGUAGUCACACCUGGCCUGGGGGAGGGCGGUAGACAGCAGUGUCUCUCUCACCAGUAGUCCUAGUUAUACACGUGUCACAAAACACCAAUAAGCUCCUAGUAGAUGUACUACUUUAAAUUUAUAUUGACGGCAAUGUUUUUGUCGUGGUCUUCAUUACAAAUAUUUGAACCCACUCGAGAAUUGAUUAACAUUUCAUAACAACUUGGAGCAAGUGAGGGAGGCAGUAGCAAGACUAACACCACGUGAAGAAAGAACAACAUCCACGACAUCUGUGACAUGAAGACCCGGCCAUCCUCCGAGUCCUCCAUGGACUCUGCCAGUAGUGGUGACAGUAGUGGUGACAGUACAUAUGCUGUGCGGGUUGAGGAGCAGCUGCUCGUGAAGGGAGGAGGCUUCCCACUACCCCGACAGACACAGGCCCUGGGAAGGAGGCGGAGACUAUUCGUUGUCGCCGUCAUCUCUCUUGUCCUUAGUGUCAUCAGUCUCCUCGCUGUCCUUCUCAUCACUGCUUUCGUCUUCUUCAAUAACAGCGACAUCAUACUCGGAGGCCAACAGACACAAGUUGCGGCGGGUGAAGAGGUUUGUCUGCCUUGCGUACAGCUGAACUCUGACCCCGUCAGCGGCAAGGGUUCAUCUCUGCUUGACCUUCUUGAUGUCAGGAAAGACGACGAAAGCAAGCCAACCAUCUGCUGCGCGCGCACUAACGUCCAAUUCGCCGCACUUUUUAAACUGAUCAUUCAACGACAACAAAUGAUACAGAAGCUUACAGAUAUCCUGGAACCUGCUGGAGGUCAUAAAAUUGCAAAGACAGGCUCAAGCAGUGCAGUCUCAGCUCAUCUGCUCAUUCAAGCUGGUACAGGGCAGGGAGGAUUGCAGCAAUGGAAGGGACCGGAUGCUUCUGGACUGUCGCACGUGAGAACCGGCCUGACCUUUCACGACAACACUAUCUACGUCGUCACGUCCGGCAUGUACUACGUCUACUGUCAGAUGCUUUACAACAACCGCGGCGACGACAACAACGAAGAUGUUCCUCAGGUGGUCAGCAGCUACGUGUACCGCGAGAGCCUGAUAGACCCCGUCAUGUCAGGUAUCAUGCUCAAAACUCGCCACACCCGGUACAGCCAGCAGACCGACCGGCACACCAGCUACGUGGGGGGACUUGUUGCUCUCCACAAGGGAGACAAACUCUACGUCAAGGUCUCUGAACCCUCUGCUGUGUCCAACGACGAGAAAGGCAGCUUCUUUGGCUUGUUUAGGGUGGGCGAGUAGAGUUGCUGCAGGGUGUCUGGCAUGGUUACAAUAGGGCAGGAGAGGAAGUUUUGAAUGACUGGCACGAGUGGGUAGAAAGACAUCAUCGUCAUCAUCAUCAUCAUCAUCUUGAGAUUUAAAAUGGUGUACUGUGAAGAUCUGAUUUAUAUUAGAAGUAGGUGUACUCAUAUGAAUGUGUUCCUUGAAUCAUCGCAACACACGUUUGACACACUCACUGUGCUGUGCUACUAGAUGAUGACGGGAAUGAUGACCUUUGGCCCCUUGCAGAGAUGUAUUCUAACGGCAAGGUUUCACUGUUCCUCUUCGUCUCAGGUUUACACGGGUGGUUACACUGUGAUGACGCGCAAAGUACUCGAGUUAAUAUUGACUUGGAAAUGAUGUGUGAUUGAUUGACGUGUGUGAUGUGUGAUCUCAAGUGAAAAUUGACUAGUAUGUGACGUGUGUAUGUAUGGUAAGUGACGUGACGUGUAUCCAGAGUGACGUGCGUGACAUGUACCCAGUAUAACAUGUGUUGUGCACGCCCUCUGUACAGUUACCGAUGAUAUUCCGCUCAAAAGGUACAAGCUACACCUGACUGAUAGUCUGGUCUAUGCCUCCCCUGAUAGUGAUAAUCUGGUACAAGCACAACAUUGUGUGUGUGUGUGUGUAGUGUGUGUGUGUGUAUAGUGUGUGUGUAGUGUGUGUAUGUUUGUGUGUGUGUGUUGAAACUACAUACUCUUAUGUUGAAGUAAAUAAAGAUGUGUGGCCAGUG